GAAAGUAACAUCUAUACUUCUACUAAAAUGAAAUCAUCGAAAUUUAAGAUAUUACUGAUCUCAAGCUAAAACUAUUUACCGCUCAAUCGCGUGCUCGCUAGCGCGUAUUUAAAUUUCACGGUGCAAUUAGAAAUAAUAAAGUCGGUUUCUCUCCGAGUGGACACAAACGUCUGCAGGUGCUCUUUCGCAAAGGGGCGUUACAACGAUGACAGCGAAAUUAUCUGAAACCGAAGGAAUGGGGGGUGGUACACCACGCAUAGUGGGGAACAUCCAUGGGGUAGGGAGUACGAGCACCGAACAUCCCUUCUCUCUAUUUUCAUAUUAACCAUGAAGCGAGAGAAUGGACGUUGCAAGCAAACGGACUCAGAUACGUGUGCAACCUCGUACCGAGUCAUACGGUGAUCCUCUUCGAGGUAUUUUACAUGCGAGUGUUCUAUCAAAAGUGUUCCAACUAUUUUACUUGUUAUGUGAAUCCUAUUUGUUUCGUACGUACAUGUACUUGCGCGUGCGCGCAAACGUGCACUUUUUUUUAAGUUUUAGCACAAUGUUACAUAUUUGUUUCACGUAACUUUCAUACCGAACAUCUGUGGAGAAUAGAUAGUAGAUGUGCAAGUACGUGAAUUUUACAAACUUACACGCUACGCCUAGGAUAGGAAGAUUUAAAGUGACGUCAAUGAGGAUGAAGAACUUCUACGGCUAAUAUUCACGAAUUUUAAUUUCGAGUUUUUUCCAUUCUCCUACGACGAGUCGAAUGAAUUUUCGUGCAAUGACAAAUUUAACGUCAAUCGACGAGUUAGUGGAACAUAAGAAUAAAGAUGAAUGAUGAUAUAAAAUGAUAAGAAUAAAGAUGACGAUAUAUAUCAGGUUUAAUACGUGCCGUUUGUAGUUCUUAUGUUUUUAGUUUGAAAACUUGAACGCGUCGAUAGAAUUUGACUAAAUGUCGACGAAAGCAGAAGGACCAUCAUCUCCACGACAGUUUUUUGCACGAAUUUACGGACACCUCGAAGCUAAGAAGGCCGAUGGUACCGAUAAUAAUGACGAAGAAAAACCUAAACCGAAAUCAAGCUUCGACUUUACUUCAAACAUUCUUCUGUACAACAGACACACGUUAGAUGCAGACAAUUCGUGCAAUUCCUCAACCGAUGAAGUUAUACAAGUAAUGAGCAUAAAAGAAAGAUCCUCGGAACGAGGCGAAAAACAGAAUAGCAAUGAAACCAACGAGAAAGAAAAGACCUCGAAUUUUGUUAAUUUAAGAUUACCAUUGUUUCACGAGCUCCAUCAAUCUGGGCCGGUUAAUAAUCCUGUAUUCUUAUCUCAAGUUACACACCCGUCUGCGCUUCCACCACAUUUUCAUAAUUUGCCGUAUUUUCCAACCUCGGAACACCAUUUGCAAGGAUUCUCAGCGUUCUUAGCUAGGAAGAGGAGAAAAGAAGGACGACCACGGAGGCAGAGAACUACUUUCAGCGGAGAACAAACUUUGCGACUGGAAGUUGAAUAUCGUAGAGGAGAAUAUAUUUCUCGAGGAAGGAGAUUUGAACUAGCUACAUCCCUACACCUUACGGAAACGCAGAUAAAAAUUUGGUUUCAAAAUCGUCGUGCCAAAGAUAAGAGGAUAGAAAAAGCGCAGCUUGAUCAAUAUUACCGGAACUUAGCAAUUUCCAGUAGAAUGAUAAAUUUACCAAUUUAUGGUAGAAAUGGAUUUUGUGAAUUCUGCUUUUAUAAAAAAACCUUUGGAUCUGCAACUAACCAUUCCUGUACUUUGAUGAAUCCUGUUACUGGAACUUUCACAAAAUCACAAUGUAAUGAAAGUGAAGUGUCGGACAAUACACCAAAUGUUUUUUCUGUUUGA